GCUAAGCGAGCUUGUCGAUUAGCAUUUGAAGAUGUCAAAUCCGUUUAUCCACUUCUUACUCAGGACAAACUUCCAUAUGUGUGCAUCGAUAGUGCAUAUCAAUAUGCGUUGCUUGUUGAUGGAUUUGGCCUAGAUCCUUUGCAAGAGAUUACAGUGGCACUUGAAAUUGAAUAUCAGGAUGCUGUUGUGGAAGCAGCAUGGCCUCUUGGCACUGCCAUAGAAGCCAUAUCUUCUUUGCCUAAAUUUGAACGGUUGAUGUAUUUUAUUUAAGCUUCCUGCACAGAGAAGCUAAACUAUUUUAGUGCUAAAUGACUACUUUAGUCGAAAUAAAUAAAACCUUAUUUUCACUUUCA